GGGUCUGGGGGCCGGGGCCGAGGAAACGGGAACUGACGGGGUCCCAGACGGAUGAGAGCUGGGGAGAAGGGGGUCUCGGCUGAGGGGUCCGGGGCUGAGGCAGGGUCAUGGUCCGGCAGGACCCGGAGUGACGGGUCGCGGGCGGGCGGCUCACGGGUGACCGGGUGAAGGGGUCUUGGGCUGAGGGCACCCGGGCUGAGGGUCGCGUCUACCGGAGCGCGCACUAGGGGCGGAGGGCACGGGCACAGAGAGCCGCGGCCGGUGCCGACUCGAGUGGACGCGAGCCGGUGCGUCCCGGCUUCCAGGACAGACCCCCUCGGGAGAGCGCCGGGUGGGCGCGGAGCCGGGGACCCGGGGACCUCCGCGUCCCCGGCGGAGGUGCGCAAGCGUCGGGAGCCGCUCCGGGGGAACUUUGGUGCAGGGUGUCUGGACCCGGGGAAGCGAAGAUCCGCGUGCGUCCGUCCUGAGGCCGCGCGGCACCCCUGCUGAGGAGGAGGUCCCGUUCGCUGUCUAGAGCCCAGGGGCGACCGCCGCGUGGGGACCGGGGGACCGUUCAGCGAGGGGCGCGCUUGUAGCUGGCCAGGCCCUGUCCCCUGACGCGUUGUGCUGGCCCUACGCCCGGCGGAGGGGCUGGGGACGGGGACUGGGUUGCUCCGUGCCUCCGCGGAUGGAGCGCGCAGCCUGGACCCCCAGCCGCACCCCGGGGGGCUGGAAAGGCGAAGUCGCUGCUUUGUGGGCUCCUGCACGUGCCAGGCGCUGACCACUCCUCUUGGGAGCCUAACUGAGGGGGGUAGAGGCAGCAGAGGUUAACAGAAAUCUCAGGUCCCUUGGUGGAAGGUGGGUGUGUAGUUGUGGUACUUUACGCCUCGGUGUUUAGGGAGGAGCCUAAGGUAAGGAGUCAGAAACGGGGAGUAACCGAGCUGAGGCUUUUAUAUAAGGUCAGUGGUAGGUAAGGAAGGGGCCUUUACCUCUGCUGGUGACCAGAAGGCUGCAUUUCUGCAUUCUGCUUAAUUCCCUUUCCUUAGACCAUUCUGCAGUUUAAAUCUUGAACCAAAAUGUCAUUCAACCAUCCUUCUGAACGAUAACUCCAUAAUUAACUCAAGCACCAAAGAAGUCAUCUAGCUCUUGAUGAUUUGAAAGAAGCCAACACUAAACCACAAAUAUACAACAAGAAGGCCGUUUUCUCAAACAAGAGUCAGCCUUUAACGAAAUGACCAUGGUUGACACAGAGAUGCCAUUCUGGCCCACCAACUUUGGGAUCAGCUCUGUGGAUCUCUCCGUAAUGGAAGACCACUCCCACUCCUUUGACAUCAAGCCCUUCACUACUGUUGACUUCUCCAGCAUUUCUACUCCACAUUAUGAAGACAUUCCAUUCACAAGAACAGAUCCAAUGGUUGCGGAUUAUAAGUAUGACCUGAAACUUCAAGAGUACCAAAGUGCAAUCAAAGUGGAGCCUGCAUCUCCACCUUAUUACUCUGAGAAGACUCAGCUCUACAAUAAGCCUCAUGAAGAGCCUUCCAACUCCCUCAUGGCAAUUGAAUGUCGUGUCUGUGGAGAUAAAGCUUCUGGAUUUCACUAUGGAGUUCAUGCUUGUGAAGGAUGCAAGGGUUUCUUCCGGAGAACAAUCAGAUUGAAGCUUAUCUAUGACAGAUGUGAUCUUAACUGUCGGAUCCACAAAAAAAGUAGAAAUAAAUGUCAGUACUGUCGGUUUCAGAAAUGCCUUGCAGUGGGGAUGUCUCAUAAUGCCAUCAGGUUUGGGCGGAUGCCACAGGCCGAGAAGGAGAAGCUGUUGGCGGAGAUCUCCAGUGAUAUCGACCAGCUGAACCCAGAGUCCGCUGACCUCCGGGCCCUGGCAAAACAUUUGUAUGACUCAUACAUAAAGUCCUUCCCGCUGACCAAAGCAAAGGCGAGGGCGAUCUUGACAGGAAAGACAACAGACAAAUCACCAUUCGUUAUCUAUGACAUGAAUUCCUUAAUGAUGGGAGAAGAUAAAAUCAAGUUCAAACACAUCACCCCCCUGCAGGAGCAGAGCAAAGAGGUGGCCAUCCGCAUCUUCCAGGGCUGCCAGUUUCGCUCCGUGGAGGCUGUGCAGGAGAUCACAGAGUAUGCCAAAAGCAUUCCUGGUUUUGUAAAUCUUGACUUAAACGACCAAGUAACUCUCCUCAAAUAUGGAGUCCAUGAGAUCAUUUACACAAUGCUGGCCUCCUUGAUGAAUAAAGAUGGGGUUCUCAUAUCCGAGGGCCAAGGCUUCAUGACAAGGGAGUUUCUAAAGAGCCUGCGAAAACCUUUUGGUGACUUUAUGGAGCCCAAGUUUGAGUUUGCUGUGAAGUUCAAUGCACUGGAAUUAGAUGACAGCGACUUGGCCAUAUUUAUUGCUGUCAUUAUUCUCAGUGGAGACCGCCCAGGUUUGCUGAAUGUGAAGCCCAUUGAAGACAUUCAAGACAACCUGCUACAAGCCCUGGAGCUCCAGCUGAAGCUGAACCACCCUGAGUCCUCGCAGCUGUUUGCCAAGCUGCUCCAGAAAAUGACAGACCUCAGACAGAUUGUCACGGAACACGUGCAGCUACUGCAGGUGAUCAAGAAGACGGAGACAGACAUGAGUCUUCACCCGCUCCUGCAGGAGAUCUACAAGGACUUGUACUAGCAGAGAGUCCUGAGCCACUGCCAACAUUUCCCUUCUUCCAGUUGCACUAUUCUGAGGGAAAAUCUGACACCUAAGAAAUUUACUGUGAAAAAGCAUUUUAAAAAGAAAAGGUUUUAGAAUAUGAUCUAUUUUAUGCAUAUUGUUUAUAAAGACAUUUACAAUUUACUUUUAAUAUUAAAAAUUACCAUAUUAUGAAA